CUGAAGUGUUUGCUCCUCAGGCUCCACGAUGAGUAAGAAGCUGCUGCUAGAUGUGGACUGUGGGGUGGACGACGCUCAGGCCAUCAUGUUGGCGCUGGCCGCCCCCAACGUGGAGGUCCUGGGGGUCACCUGUGUGCAUGGAAACACCACGGUGGAGAAUGUGUGUAAGAACACACUGCGAGUUCUGCAAGCAUGCAAUAAACUCGAGAUUCCAGUGUUUAAAGGAGCAGCGAAGCCGAUCCUGGGGAUCAGCCUGAGUGCCGGACACUUCCACGGAGAGGACGGGCUGGGCGACGCUCCGGACCCCGACGCCCCGGGACUGGACCGUCUGCAGGAGGAGGGCGCCGUGUCCGCCAUGAUCCGGAUCAUCAACCAGAACCCAGGACAGGUGUCUCUGGUUGCCACGGCUCCCCUCACUAACCUGGCUCUGGCUGUGAGGCUGGAUCCAUCUCUGCCCAGUAAACUCAGAGCGCUCUACAUCAUGGGAGGCAACACUGAAUCUCGAGGAAACACUACAGUGUGUGCCGAGUUUAAUUUUGCUGCUGAUCCAGAAGCUGCGUACAUCGUUCUGAACGACUACCACUGUCCCCUCUACCUGGCCUGCUGGGAGUUCACCUGCUACAACAAGCUGUCCUGGGUCAGGCUUCCUCUUACACAUAGUCACAAAUCAUUUCUACUACAAAAGCACAUAACCUUUCUAAAAAGGAAAAUACGCCAACAUUUUUGUGGAAUCACUGUUUAUAGUGUAGUGUAGUUGAAGGAAGCCAUA